AUGCCAGACGGUCGCCCGUUGGCAGCAUUCCUAGACAGCCAGCUGCUGCGCCCGCAGCAUGGUGCCAGCCACGGUGGUGCCACGCAGCGCCGGCGCCCGGGCGCCAUCAAAGAGCCCAAGGAGGGGUGGACAAAAGCACUGCCAAGGGCAGCCACGGCAGCGGCACCAGGCCUCGCGUAUUCCGAGGCUGAGCAGGCAGAGCUGUAUGCCCUGUCACGCGUAGGGCAGCGCAAGCAGCGCCGCUGGCUGAACGACAAGCUGCUGCGCGAAAUGGCGGGCACGCUGAGUGCCGCCGACAUGGCCAGCCUGUUCAAGCCGGUGCCCUUUGGGGAGCAGAGGGCCAGUCUGUGGGAGCAGGCGGCAAGGCCCGAGCACCGUAUUUUGUUUGACAUGUUUCGCUCGCUGGACAUGGACAAGCAGACGAGGGUGCUGCAGAAGUGGGAGGCGCACGUGCGGGAGCUGCAAGCUGGGCCGGCCGCCAUCCCCGACCCCGCCAUUGAUGCGCUGGCGGCUUGGGCGGGCGUCAGCUUCAAGGCACGGCAGGCAAUGAAGCGGGCCCCGACCACGUGCGAAGCCAUUGAGGCCCAGCUCCUGGCCUUCCUGCAGCAGCAGGAUGGGGGCCAGGGCAGCGAGCUGGUGGUCGAGGGGCUGGAGGAUGGCUUCCACCGCCUCAUCGCCCACGGCCUCGCAGAGUACCACUCGCUGCAGAGCACCAGCCGGGUGGUGGACGGCGGCGGCAAGCAGGUGGUGGUGCGCUGCCCCGCGCACGCAGCAGCUCGAGCACCUCAGCACCACCUACCUAAAGUGAAUGUUGAGGAUUUCAGUGAAGGCGACUUGCCAGCAGAAGGGUUGCCAGGGGCGCCGCGGGUGCUCACCAUAGCGUGCAGCGACAUCCUGCACUUGCUGGAUGACGCGGCAUCCCUGAGCGCCACCACGUUGCGACAUGCGUUUGUGCAACCUCUAGACUCGUCCAGCGAGGCAGGGGAUCACCCGCCCUCGGCGCACGACCCCCAGCAGCACCAGCACCAGCAGGAGGCGCAGCAUGCCGAGACGCCGUCUGGCGACUCCAGCCUGACACCCGAGGCCUCGCAACAGCAGAUUGAUACUGUGGCAGCGUUGAGUGCCCGCACGUACCCCAUUUCGGCGCGGGCCGGCACCAACCCCGGCAUACGCAUCACCCUGACACCACUGGGGGAUGGCAGCAGCGACGUGGACCUGUACUGCAGCAAGGGCAGCGGCAUUGAGCCGGGGCCCGAUUAUGCAGAUUUCCAGUCGGAGGCCAUCGGUGUGAAUCAAGACGUCGUGGUCAUACCGCCAGUCGAUGAGUAUGACCCAGGUGCGCUGGCGGUGGAUGGGUCUGUUUACAAGCUGCAGACGGCAUUUAUUGACAACAGCAACCAGACGACGCUGAAUGCUGCGGAGCAGGCGGUUGCAAAGCAGCUGUUUGACAGGCGCGACCAGGAAGCUGGCACCGUUGACACAGACCUGUGCCAGUUUGGCACCUGCAAUGAUGGCCACCUGGUGGUGCUGAACGCACGUGGGUGGGGCAUGAGCUGCCCAUUCCCCGGAGACCUCUUUGUCAAAUUCCCCAAAAUGCAAAUGUUGUAUCUUAGUUACAACGAGUUUUCGGGAGACAUCAAUGACGCCGCCCGCUUCCUGGCAGCUCUGGAGGACUUGCAGGAGCUGGGGUUAAUGAAUAACGAGCAACUGGGCGGGCAGCUGGGGGAGGAUGUGUGCAACCUGGUCCAGGGAACCGUGGAGAUGCUGCAGCUGAGCGGGAUGGGGCUCAAGGGCAAGCUGCCACACUGCCUGUUUGAUGCGAAGUCCACACUUUUUCAGUUUGGUGCUUCUAACAACCACCUGACGGGCACUAUCCCUGAUGCCUUUGACACUGCCACGCGCCUGCAAGUGCUCGAUCUGGGAAAUAACAAGUUGAAUGGCCGCAUCCCACCCUCCCUGGCCUCCGCGCCCAACUUGAGUGUUCUGGACAUCUCAAACAACUCUCUGUCAGGCGAGAUCCCAGAGUUUGGCAGCACCAAGCUGUCAGUGCUGAAUCUGGCUUCUAACAAAUUAAGUGGCGCCGUGCCGGACAGCCUGGCUGGCCACCCGGCCUUGUACAGCCUCAACCUGCAUGACAACUCCCUCACCUCGCUGCCCAGCAAGUGGCAGCAGCCGCCCACCGAGGGAGCCACUGCCCCACUCAACUACCUGCGGGCCUCCCUGAACCGCCUCGAGGGCGGGUUCCCACUGGCCUUGGCCACCUACCCCAACCUCACAUACUUCCUGCUCAGUGAGAACCGCCUCAGGCAAGCAGGCGGCGUGCUGCCCGACCCAGAGGCAGGCCAGUAUGCCGCACUGCGCUACCUGUCGCUUGACAGCAACAGCUUCACUGGCAGCCUGGGAGAGGGCUGGCAGAAAACGGGCAUCUGGCAGCUGGCCCCGCUCAGCCAGAUGGCGUCUCUGUGGAACCUGUUCUCGGUGGUGCAGAACCAGCUGACUGGCGAGGUGCCUGCCUUCAUGUCGGACAUCACCCAGCAGGUUAAUGUGGACCUGGAGGGCAACCAGCUAAGCUCAUCCACGGACAAAUCCGGGGCCGACGGCAGCAGCAGUGGCAGCACUGGCAGCACUGACGGCAGCAGCGCCGACAGCAGCGGUGGUGGUGGAGGGCUGAGCACGGGCGCCAUAGUCGGCAUCUCAGUCGGCAUCGUGGUGGCGGUGGCAGCUGCGGUGGUGGGCGGGAUUUUGGUCUUGGGGCGCCGGCGCGGCCCCAAGACUGCAGCCAGCAGCAUGAAGUUUGAAAAGUUUCUGGAUGAAGCGUUUGAUGGAGACUCCGCCUCCCCGCCAACCUUUGGCGAGACGUCCCCCGCCCCCGCCAGCCCCCCUCCCCGCACCCAUGCCCACACCGUGGAGCUCAGCGGCAGCCCCAACAACGUGUAG